AUGAAGCAGACCGAAGAAAAAUAUCAGCCAUGGACAGGUGACAUUCAAAUGUCAUACCUGAUAUCAAAAAUAACUCAUUCACCAAAAUUACACGGCUGCUCUUCCAUGCAAGAUGGAGUAUGCUACACUGAUCGUGUCUCUCUACGACAUAGCUUUACUCCAUCCAUUAAGGCUGGAAGGGAUGAUGUUAAGGGAACGAGGACAAAUAUGGAAGAAGUGAGACAAGUUAUUAUCGCUUUAAAGGACAAAUUGAUGGAAAGACAUUUAAUGUCGAAAAAAAUUGCGGAAUUGGAGAAAAUUUUACAAAAAAUAAACGAUGCCACAAAUAAAAUUAUAAUUGAGAUGAAUAAUCGAAUUGAUGAUUUAAAUCGAGAGUGGCAAGAACGAUUACAGAAUGAAAAUGUAAAGUGGAAAAAUGAUAUGCAUGCAUCGUACAAAUAUUGCAACAAGCUAACAGAAAGUAAAAGUUCACAUGAGAUUAAUAAUGGAUUAUGGCGAAUGGAACGACGUCUUGUUGAAUUAACCGAUCGUUUAUCAUCUAUUCAAAAAAUGGAACAAAAGUUGGAAGAAAUUAUUGCAAUACUGAGAAUGAAUCACUGUUAUCAAUCAUUUGCGGCGAAUGAUAAGCUGCCUAUAUCAGGGAAUGAAAGUGUUGUUAGUACAGCAAAGACAGCACAAAAUAUGCAAAAUGAUCUCAAUUUCUAUGGAGUGGUCGAAAUUACUGAAAAUUAUUCAAUGGUUAACAUUUAUUUCAUUUGA